AUCCUCUAAUAUGCAUCCCUCUCACCGCCACCACUCGGGUCCGUCCCAAACGCACGACCGUGCUCCUCGGCGAGUCACUCGACCAGCUGUGCGAGUCCGUUGCACUCCUUGACGGCCUUGGUGAUGGCAUGGUCGAGCUUGCGCUGGGUGGGGGGCUCGACGGGGUAGAUGCGCUUGGAGUGGUGGGUGCGGCCCCACCGGUCGGUGACGUGCACCUUGAACACACGGAGACGGCGGGAAUAGCGGAUGCCAAGACCUGCACUGCACAUACAACAAUGAAGGCACACGAGAGAGAAGGUGCCGAUGGGCAUAUCUCUCUCUGCUUGUCUGCUAGACGGUGUGCAGGACGGACAUACCUGAGUGAAUGGUGAGCCAGGUCACGUCUGAGUGUCGGCACUCGUCGAUGCGGCAGGCGGCCUCGAGGAAGAGGGCAUUGUCGUCGAGGCGUUUGUCGCGGUCGUCGGGCACGAAGAACCUCUCUCUGCAAUUCCUCGUCAAGACGCCGCGCGUCGAAGUCGGGGCUCCAUGGGGGGAUGGGAAGAGGUGGGAUGACGGUGUUGUCGGCAACCAGAGGGUGGGCAUGUGUGUGCGGGUGGUCGAGACGAUCGUCACACACAUCGCCUGAGCCAUCCCUGAUGGACGGGAUACGGCCGAUGCGGCCUUCCCCCGCCCAUCUGGACGGGAUACGGCCGAUGCGGCCUUCCCCCGCCCAUCGUGGGCUGGCUCGGACGACUGACAUGGCCCACCUGCCAAGGCACACACACGAGACACACACGUGAGCCAUUGCCUGGUGCCUCCAGUGCUCCCUCACGUACCUUCUGAAGGUUGCCCCGUAUCAACCCGUCGCGGCCCCAGUGGCUUGAUGAGCAUGGCCGCCUCGUGGAGCACCGCAGAUUGGCAGCCGUCUCCUUCAGUGGCCUGUUGCUGCCGGCCUUGGGAGAAGAACCGGUGAGUGGUCGGCCUUCUCACAGUACGACCACCUGCAGCACCCACACAACAGACACCAUGAGACGAGAGCCAGCAUUCACCCAUGUGUGUGUCGGCUGUGCAGUGCAUAUCCCAGCAAGACUGUCUCUGCUGCCCACCUGAGCUGCUCUCCCUCCUUGAUGGUUUUGACGGGCGUGAUGGCAUGGCACAGCAGUAGUCCCCUGCACGCUAUUCGCCACCUCGUCCGGCAAAUACAGGUGUCUGGGCACCCACACCCUCACGCAGUUGGCCCUGGGCACCCACUCGGGCGCACUGGCGUCGAUGGUGCCGUGGUUGAUUGACACUGCAGGCAGCCAGAUGCGAGCAGAUCCUGUCGCCGAACAGCACCGGGUUGGCCCCCGCCCUCGCCCCGGCGGCUUUGUCCUGCUCCUCCUGGCCGAAUGUGGGCUUGUGUGACGGCUUGCUGGAGCCGUCGCGGUGUCCGGGCCCGUUCCACACGAGGCUGAGGUGUCCCAGCCAGUCGAGGUUGGCGAUCUCGGCGCUGCAUGGGAUGGACAUCCUGAAGCACUUGUCCCGCUCGGCCUUGAGGUCCGACUCGAGCUGGAUCUUGCCCCCAUAGGGCAGCAGGAGGCCCUGGAGCAUCCUGCCGCGGAUGUCCUCGGUGUAGUGGGCCGAGCUGCAGUUGGGGACGGGCCAGCCCAGGAGGUCCCGCCGCGCGACGGUCUUCUUCUCGUUGCCUUGGACGGUGUGAGGGGGUGUGAGGGGGGUAGGGCCGGGUGCCCGGCUCCAGCUGCCAGAUGUGGCCGUGCCGUGCAUGCGCUGGUAGGUCCAGUUGAAGAUCUGCUCGUCGGCCUCGAGACGCACGGCGCGGUAGGACGGCACCAGGCAGCGGUCCAGCAGGAAGGAGAGGGACAGGUAGGCCUCGGCCUGGGUGCGCAGCAAAAUGGUCGACUUGAACAGGUAGGUCAU